AUGGUGGUCCACAACCCAAACAACUGGCACUGGGUCGACAGAAACUGUCUUCCUUGGACAAAGGAAUAUCUUGGUGAAAAGGUCGUCAACACCUCAUACGAGGACGAUGCAUGGAAGCUUGUUGUCACCGAGGUCACCUCUGUGGACGGUGACUGUGACGUUACCCAGAGAAAAGGCAAGACUUUGUGUAUCUACGACAUGAAGCUUCGACUUGCGGUGGAAGGUUCCAAGAAAGAGGAGGAAGACAGCUCUUUCACCUCUACCAUCGCCUUGGACGAAUUCUUCCAUGAUCAGGACGACGACGAGUACGUCUUCAACGUUGAAGGUGAAAACACCUCUCACGUCAAAAAGCACUUGGUUCCUUUGGUGAAGGCCAAGCUCGUCAAAUUCCAGGCCGACUUGAUCGGCGCUCACGAGAAAGAUGUUCAACAUUCAUCUGGUCAUUAA